UUAUAAAAAUAAAUAAAUUAUUAUUUUUAGAAAAUGUCUAAUGACGCUGGAUACGGUUUAAGGUCAUCGAACGGUGCCGCGUCCGCCUCGGGCGUUUAUAGGAUGAUUCGAUUUGACGGUAACAGAUCCAACCCUUACCUCAGGCCCGACUCCAGACAAAAAAAUCGUAAAGCGGGCACCGCCCCCAAAUAUCACCAAAAACGUCGCCGUUACUCGAAAUUCGUUAGCAAAAAAUAUAACGACGCUUCCCGCCACGGUGAUACCGACGAACAUCCGCGGAAAGCGAACCGCCUAAUGGCAUUUCCGGGCGAGAGGGACACGAAAGAGGGGUACUAUUCUAAUCCUACUAUCACGAAUUUCUCGAAUAAAAUCGAUAACGAUUAUAAAAACAUUGAUAUUAAUAAUGAUAAUACUACUUUAUCGAGAAACGAAGACAAUUGUCCAUCUUGGCUGACCACUCAUAUGAAACGAGAUGAUCGCAGCGUUUUUGGGCCACUUAUCGUGUACGACAAAAAUGGCUGCGAGUACGAUGACGAUGCCAACUCAUAUUCGCGUAAAAUCGCCUUAUUCAACGAAUCGUUAGCUGAGGAUGCUCGUAACGCAUCCAAUUGCCAAGAAAGUAUGGGCGGAAAUGACUUAUACCGCAACAAAGGAACCAAGCACCGUCAUUUAAAACUGAAUGAAGGCGCAUUUUCGGGUUUAGCGAGGAUGAACCACGGUAACGAACCCGAAAAACAAUGCUCAACAUUUGACGGUCCGUUUCCGGCGCGUCAAAAUCAUACGCGCCAUCAGAAUGAAAGUCAAUCUUACCAAGGGUCCAAAUACUCUAGUCGCGAAUACGAUAAUAGCCGUGAUCCUAGAAAAGAAUUUCAUCGCGAACCCCGUAAGAAUUUCCCACCUUCUUUGACUGAUCUCGUUGAUAAGGACACCUGUUAUCUUCAUGACAGGAAUUUCGACUGCAAAGAAGACCUAGGGGAAGCUUUCUACGAUUACGGGAUCGCCCAAUUGGAUAUAGACGAUUUCAGCCCUGAUCAAAUCCAAAGGCUAUAUUCCGACACGCAUCACCAUUACGAUUACGGUUUUUCCCCGCCAAACUCGUUACCCUCCAUAUUGACUAGAUUAUCUUAUAAAUCCUCAAUCGAUCUUCAAUCUCGCACCGAUAGUACUAAUAGCCUCGACAGCGCCGACCAAUUAGAAUUGGGGAGUAACUUGGAGCGAGAUUUUGAGAAGAAGAUAAAUUCUAAUUCUAUCCUCGACUCCCUUGACGAUAUUCGUGAUGCCGCCACUAAACACUCGCGUUACAGAGCAACUCUACCUUACGAAGAGACUCCUCUAUCUUACCAAUUCACCGAAAGAUUCGGCCAGCUUUCGGUAUGUAAUUCACUCCCCCUCAGUGUUUUAUCGAGAAAUGUAUCGGAUCAAAAUGACUCUUACCAUAAACCAUCUUGCCCCAGACUGACCCUACCGAAUAAUAAAUACUCUAGUUACGAACAAACAUUGCCUAACAGAUUUAACCGACACUUGGGUAACGUAUCCAUAUCGAAUUCGCUCUCCUGCGACGUUUCUCUCGUAAGAAGCGGAAUUAGAAAGGGGCGCCAUACAUCCGGCGUUUUGCCGAAGAAACACAAACACCGAAAAAGUUAUUAUUUGGAUCACCUGAUCGACGCUCAUUACAAUUUCGAGGAUUAUCUUUCAAAUGGUAAAUACGAAGAAGAUCUUGUACGUCGAAGUCGCUUAAAUAAAUUAUCGAAUAUUAGUAUCGGAGGGGACCAUAAUAGUAUCGACGAUAAAAUAAAGUUCGCUACUUUUUUGUACAAGAAAAAACCACAAUCCUCGAGAAACGUCGCAAAAAGCGACAGAAAUCCUAUGGGCAAAAGAUGCAGAAAAAAAUGGACAGAUUUGAUGUCCCCCAAUAAAAACGAAAAGUGUGUCGUCAGGAAAAUUCCCCUUUUCAAAAAAAAUGAAUUUAGGAAAGAUAGGUAUUCCAGUUCGGAAGAAUUCCAGGAAAAUGGUGACGACUUUUCUGGGUACGGUUCAAAUCGUUUGAUCGGAAAUCGAAAUAUCGAUCAAGCACGUGAUCUUCUAGAAACGUCUCCUCUGGUCAGGUCUAAAAUGGGGGAAAAUGGUCACGAUGAUGACGGCGAAAUUUGUCAAAAUUUCGCGAAAUUCUCCAAAUUCGAUAAUGGCGAGGCGGGAUUUCGAUAUUGCCAAAAGGAAUCGUUGAAUUCGUUGAACAAAUUUAUGGAUUUUUCUUUAGAAAAUUUAACCCCCAAGCGUUCGAAUCUAGCUGAUUGCCGAAACAACAUUUUGAAGAACUACAAAUUGACAUUUGACAGCGGCCAAAAUUCUAUAUUCGAUCAAAGUCUCUCUGCCCUCAGUACUGCUGUCAGUUCAUAUUCCCCAUUUUAUUCAAUAUGCGAUACCGCGUUGAGAAAUUAUGGCUGCAAAUUGUACAACUCGGUGCCUAACAUUUCUUUGGCUUCACUUAGUCAGAGAAGGAUAGAUGGAUUCAAGAUGAUCUCAUCAUCGGUCGUUAAAGACAAAAAGGAAACCGGUAGAAAUUUUUUUGAUAGAUCUUCCCCCAAAAUGAUUAACUGGACAGACGCAAAAUUGACAGCUAGAAAAAGAAAAAAAUAUCAUUACCAUCAAAAUCCUGAUCUUUAUCACGGAAAUGCCCUGACAACUAAAUUUAUUCAUUCAGUGGACAAUUUCGAUAUAGGACAAUAUCUAAGAAAUCCGCGAGACGCCUCAAAAUUGUCCCGCGUGUGCGUUACGGAAAAGGACCUAGCGGAUACAGACAUCUCGAAACAUAUCAGCUGUUUGGAUCUGAAAUCAGACUCUACAAAAGAUUUCGUUCCGUCUUUACCGUCUCAUGAAUCCUUAAAAGCCAAAGAUCGUUUUAUUCGAGAUGAAACAUUUUGCCUAGUGGGUGAUAAACAUCUCGAGCACACUAACGGUAUCGCAAAUCGGUUAGGAUCGCGCAGUUCUCUAUCGCGUCGCGGUUCGAGCGACACCGACGGAUCUAAUCGAGACAAACAACUGGAUAAUUCGGGUGGGGAAAAUUAUAUCGAUCCGUCAGCUGAUUUUAGGAUACGUCGUAAUUCGGACGGAUACGAUAGGUCCGAAAAAUCCGAAAAUUCGGAAACCUUGUGCUCUUGCUGCGAUUCGGCCAAAAACCGAACCCGAAAGGGCUCAACGAUUCGAAAAAGUAGCGACUUCUUAAAUAGUUAUAUCAACGAUGACAUCGAUAAUUAUAGCGAAAUAACCUCUACCGUAUCUCAAAAUAGUCCACCCAAGAAUUCGUAUUUCAAGGGAAACGUUAAAAGGUCAAAAAGGAGGAGCGCUUUGUUAGAAAAGAUGUCUUCUAAAGGAUCUAUUCCCGCCGGUAAAAAUGCGAAUAAUUUCGGAACCCAAUCGAACGACGAUAGCGAAGACAACGAAAGGCCGAAUCUUAUAGGGAAGGUGUUAGUGUCCAUAUUGUCUACCAUGAACCACAGUCACGAGUCGAAUGACAAGGACGAAUCGCGUGGUCAAUUCGAUGCCCGUUGUCCCAAACAUCGAAAUAUCCCGCAAAUUUUGAAGUCCCUUUCUAUGAUUUUAGUUAGAUGCAUAGCACCUAAACCGCUUCUCUCUGAUCAUCAUAGCCAACCUAAUCACGAGGAAUCAUCAAUAAACGAUGAAUGCUGUCAAUACUGUCAACUCGAAACGUCAUUAGAGAGUGUCAGCGUAACCUUCAAUCACAACAAAAACCUGUCACGGGAAAUUUAUUCUUCAACCCUUUUAUUAUCCGUAUUAACGUCACUUCAAGUUCUAUCGGCUUUGGAAAACAAAAGCAACGAAUUAUCGGCAAAUUGCAAUGACAAGGCAUCAACGAUCAAAUUUAAACAGACAGAUUGUCAAAAUGAUCAAAUUGAUAUCUUACUUAAACAAUCGGAUGAAAAAUCUUUGUCGAGAUCCUACUAUAACCCGAAGACCCUAAGCGACAAAAAUCUGCCUCUCCCCAUCGGUGAUCUCCUAGAAACAACCCUCGCCCGAAAUAAUAUAGAUAUGAGCUCACCUAUACUGAAUCUGAUGGAAAAAAGUUUGACAGAAAGGAGAUUACGUUUAGACUCCAUUACUACCACCACUAUCACUACUACUACGACGACCUCCACCACGUUAUUAUCUCUGGCAAAAAAAUCAUUCCCCAUUCCGGAUAAAUCUCGCGCCAUUCCAAAAAAAACUCUAGCGACCACUCCAGAAAGAUCUCCUCACAAUUCUGUCACGGUAACCGGGUCUAUAAUAAAGGUAUCCGAUAUCGUAACAACGACAUCUGUAAAGGUUAUCGACGCUAUAUCGAAUUUAACGGAUUCGUGUCAAAAUACCGACGCCGCAUUAAUCACCCCGUCUAGCCUAACCGGGAAAAACAACUUUUUCAAUGAGAUAAAAGUGGGUUCGUUGUUCGGGAAUCGAAAGGCGAAUUACCGGACCUAA